ACCGGAAAUAUUAAACUUACAUGUUAUUUUAAGUUUAGGUAUAGAUGUAGAAAGUCAACAGUUUUUAUGGGUUCGCGUUUUAAAGAUCUUAAUGCAUUUUUCAAAUUCUGGUGUUACUGACAAUUGCUGUCAAGUUAUUCUGCUCGCAUCUUAUUUCUUUGUGCUAUUUUUUUUGACUUAUACAUUGAGUAAGAUGAAUGCUGCGUCAGAUAAAAAGGUGUUAGAUGGAGAGUUUCGAAAAAUAUUGGCCAUCAUUAAGCCAUUUAUACCAUGCGUUACUAAUAACCACUACUUAAUGAUGUAUCGCAUUUGGUUGGAAAAACUAAGUGAUGUUGACGACAUAGAAAAACUAGAAAGAAACAGAUAUUUGACUGAAUUGUGCAGUCAAAUACAAGCAGGUGUCUUAGAAGAACCUUUUACUGAAAUGCCUUUCGAUGGAAUUCUACUUCCUUUUGACAAAAUGCUGCAGUUCGCUAAGUUUCAGACCCUGACUCGCUGUUCAAAUGCCGACGACAAUUUCACUUUAACAUUUGAUAAUAAUUGUCAGAUUGAAAAUCAACUAAAUAAAUUGGAAGAAAUAUCCAGCAACACUAACCAAAUUAAUAGUGAUAUUAAAUCAAUGGUUACAAAUAACGAGAACACCUUUAAAUCACACGAGGAAAGUUUAAAUGUUAACCAUGAUGAGAUGAUAAAAGAAUAUUUGCAAAACAACAAAACAAACGCAUUAAAAAGAAGCGGCAAUUCAAAGAAAAGGAAAGCUAAAUUAUCUAUGAAACUUUCUUCUUCUAAAUUAAUCAACAGGAAUUAUCACCAUGGUCAUCACAAGCAAAAGUCAAUAUAUGUAGUUCAAAAGGAGGUACACACUAAGCCUCAAACCACUGUAAAUUUUAAUUUAGAAUCUGUGCCGGAAGAACAGAAUUAUUCAUCAAUAAAGAGUAUUGAAGAUACUGCAGUCCAAGUCCAAAACCAAACAUUUUACAGAGAAUAUCCUGUUAAUCAAUAUUUCCACCAACCAGUACCUCUUAUGAAUUCCUCUUAUGAUAACACCAAUAUCACAUCAUGUGAAGAAUAUGCAGUUAUUAGAUCUAAUGAAAUUGAAAAAUUGAUAGAAAAGUAUCAAAUAAACGAGGAAGCAUCACCUCAAAAUCAAAAUUGCAAUUUCUUAAAUGAAUACAUCGAAAAUUGUGAACAAAGAUGUUCCCCCAGACAACAACACGUAUUACAAAAUUUUCCAAUGGAGAACCAGCAUCUUCAGAUGAUGGCUGAAAAUGAAGAAAGUUCAUGGUGUGAUUUAAGCGAAGGUACUUCUUGUACUGCAAAAAUUGGAUCUGGUGAUGGGGCAGGAGACACCCAAAAUAAUCUAAAACUUGCCCUAAAGUCUCAUUAUAAUCAGGUACAUGAUUCUGAACUCAAAGAAAAUGUAACGCAAAUCUACGAAAACAGAAUUUCUGACAUGAACGAAAUUAUUAAUUCUCUGAAACAUGAAAACGCCAUUCUGCAUGAGCAGGUUGAAAAUUACGAGAAUCAAAUAAAAAUGAAAAAUAAAAAAGCUGAGACAAGUAUUCAUAAUCUUUCUACUGAAGUAACUUCUUUAAAAGAAAGAUUGCGGGAAUUAUCAUCGUCUAGAGGCAUGACAAGGAGAGGCGACAUUGAUAAGGCAUCCAAAUGGAAACAUUCCAUAAUUGCCUUAAAAUCUAAGUAUGAAUCGGUUUUAAACAAAAACGAAGAAUUGAAAGACACUAUAGAAAAAUUAAAGUUAAAAAUCGAAGAAAUGGAUAAUGCAAAAGAGAAAGAACUUUUGGAUCUAAAAGAAAAACUUACCGAAACGCACAAGAAAGAAAUUGAAAGCUUGAGAAAUAGUCAUUCGUUACACUUGAAAGAAUUAGAUAAUUCUUUUUCGAAGAAAAUAUUUUUGAAAGAUCAGGAAUGCAAAGAUAGAAUUGAAGAAAUGAGGACAGAAUAUGAUUCGAAUGAAGCUGAAUUAAAAGAAAAUUUUCAAAAGGAAUUAGAAUUAAAAGACGCAGAGAUAAUCCGUUUAGAUACUAUGAUACAGGAACAAUGUUUAAGAAUGCAAAAGGAAGUUAAAUUAAUUAGAAAUCAGAUGGAGCGGAAUGCUCAUUUGGUUAAUGGCGAUAGUCUUGACAAAAUUUUAUUUUUACAAAAAUGUAUUUUUAAAAUGGAAAAACUAUUCAAGAAGUCUCAAAGAGACUAUGCGAAGCAAGUUGCAUCUUUAAAAAAUGAACUUGCAAUUAAAAAUAGAACUUUUGAGAUCCGGCUGACAAAACAGCGCACAGAAUUGAUAAAAAAUUCAACUUGUAUAAAUAAAACUGAAAUAGAUUCAUUAAUAACAGAUUUAGAGGAACGAUACCGAGUGUUGUUGGACAGUCAGCAAACGCAAGCGUUGAUAGAAAAAGAGAAAGAUAUGAGAACUAUAUCGGAGUUAAGGACGCGUUUAGCAAAAUUACAAGCUGAGAAAAAUUAGGAUUAAAAGGUUUAUUCCCUAUAAUACCUAUAAUGUGAAAGUUUAUUUCAAGAAUUUUAUAAAUUUUAUUUGCAUAUUAUCAA